AUGACGGCCGACAAGGGCAUCCAGCAGAGCCCCCCCACAGCCAUUCCAACAAUUACUCUCACAACGCCAGAAAGCGCACAAAUGGCAUGCCCCGUCCUCGCCAGCAACCGUGAAAAAACGACCCUCAAGCGCCGCCCCUCGCUCUCCGCAUCCCAGCAAGAGGGCUUCCUGUGCGUGCCGUCGCGGGGUACGACACGGCGCGACAGGCUGCAGACGGACUUGUGCGACGAGUGCACGCCCUAUCGGUGCCGGAAACACCAGCAGCACACCUCGUCUGGCCCCGAGCUCGACGCCGCCAAGACCAGGACCGAGGCCAAGACCAUGACCGAGAAUCAGACAAAGGACGACGCCGAGUGUCGCAGGGUCGUCGCGGGGGCGGCGCGCGCCGGUUCAGGGCCGGCGUGGUUGAGGAUGGGGGCGCGAGUUGCGCGCAGGGGACUGGAGGGCAGGAGGAUCCGCAUCAAUGGGCUGUGGUACUAUGAGAAUGUCGCGCGUGCCGCGUAG